GCUGGUCAAAAGUAAAGUGAAAAACAAUGAACAAACGUACUGAGACAAUUUGACAUGACCGAUAUAAUGUAUAUUUCCCUGUAUAACGAUUUUCAGCAGUAAAACGAUAUGCCUACAUAAAGCGAUAUCUUAUUCCACUAAUCAGCCUGCGGACUGAAAUAUUUUCCCACCAUUUAAGGCAUUCCUAGUCCCGCGCUUUUUAACUUUGUAGGUUAGGUUCAUUUACCUUUACGGUCACAGUAGUUAAUAAAGUACCCACUUUUGUUCAUUAUUUUCGUGGAUGAAUUAAAAUUUUAGCGUUAAAAAAGUAGCCCGUUGGUGUGUGUUCUCAUAUCGAUGACUUAAAUGGAAAAUAUAACAUGAUUCUUCAGCGUUUUGAGCAGAACAAACGAACAACAGUGGAUUUUUCUGAAAAGGACGUUUUUUUCGACUUCAAAGAUUUUUAUUCAUUCACUUAUUUCUGACGGUUAGUUGAUGCUCGGCAGUACCCAAAAUGUCACGGAAUUAGCUGUUGCAUAAAGGACAUCCUACACGUUUUUAUCCGAACCAAGGACUAAUUUAAUUUAAUGGAACUAAGACUGAAUUCUCCCGUUGGCGGACUACCUGCUAAAUAUUAUUGGCCGCUGUGCAAGAAAAAAGGGUAUGACGAAGCCAAAGAAAUAGUCGAAACUAUUAUAUGGGGAUGCUGCGAUAUUCCCGAUCUAAGUGUACCUUUAAAGAAGAAUAUUCUCAAAGAUGUUGACUCUGGUAGUUACGAAUCUAUGAAAGCGCUUACUAAACGAUACAAUAAGGCGAUAAGCAACGUUCUAGCUCUGGAAAAAGGGACACAGAAGUUUUGUGAUAGGUUAGAUAAAAUCGCUAGUAGAGAUCUCUUACGUCACAUUAUCCAGCAGACUUACAGCGCCGCCGUGACGGAUGCGGAGGAACUAAACAAGUAUCAAGCAUUUUCACCGGACGUUUAUGGAGAAACAUCAUUUGAUCUCAUCGCGCAGAUGCUGGACCAAAUAAAACCGACCAAAGAUGACGUUUUUGUGGAUCUUGGCUCGGGGGUUGGUCAAGUGGUACUACAAAUGGCCGCGACGGGUACUUGCGAACGCUGUGUGGGAAUUGAGCGGGCCGAUGUUCCUACCAAGUACGCUAAAGAGAUGGAGGCGAAGUUUAAGUUCUGGAUGCAGUGGUACGGGAAAAAGUGCGGGGAGUUUGAGCUGAUAAAGGGCGAUUUUUUUGAUGAUAUUCAUCGAGAUAAAUUUACAGAUGCCACGAUAAUUUUUGUAAAUAAUUUCGCUUUUGGGCCUGCAGUGGAUCAUAAGCUGAAAGAGAGGUUUGCAGAGCUGAAACACGGUACGAAAAUCGUGUCUUCUAAGAGUUUUUGUCCAUUGAAUUUUCGUAUCAGCGAUAGGAACUUGGAUGACAUAGGAACAAUUAUUAACGUUAGUGAAAUUGCGCCUACUAAAAGUUCAGUGUCGUGGACUGAUAAACCGGUAUCUUACUAUCUGCACGUUAUUGAUAGAACGAAGUUAGAGAAAUACUUUCUAGUUAAGAAAAACGGUAGUUUACAUUCGUUUUCGACGGAAGAUGCCGACUCUUGUGACUCGUACGACAGUCGAGAGAGUAGUGAGCAAAGUCUGUUUGUUGAUCCUCUACCAAGGAAACGUGGACGGACAAAUAAACUUAAAGAAACCGACGUAUUAUCGCAACCCAGACCUAAUAUUAAAACUAAAUCAGUAGAAGAACCUCAUAGAAGCACCGAAAGUACGAAUCUUCACGGAAAAAAUAGUACUAGACCAAUAAUUAGACCUAGUAAGUUAAUUUUAAAUAAAUCACAAAACGCGACGGAAGAAAAACCAAAGAAAACUCUGAAACGGAAAAUGCAAGAUAGAAGUAGUAGUCCCGACUUUGACUCUAUCAACUGGAGUUCGCAGGGUAACAUACGGACUUACACUAGGAAACCGUUACCAAACGGUUUCAAAGUUGAGAACGGGCAUUAUUUGAAUUACAAGAACAUUAUAACGCAGGAAAAUUUACAAAGAUUGAUGGAUAACUUUAAGUUCCAGUACCUGCAAAUGAUGGGCGAAAUGUCAGACCCCCUGUAUAAAAUCAAGAUUAGGAAAUCCAUCGAAGUUGAAAUAAAGAGACAUACAUUUUUAAAAGCGAGAAUUGCCAAAGUCAAUGAAGAAAUUGAGGAUAUUAUUGUUGGAAUGCAGAACCAAAUUAUACAAGCUACUGCAAAGUAACAUUUACGUUAUCUUUUUAUUUUAUUAAUAAGCAUACUUUUAUUUUUUUUUAUAAUAAAAAUGUAAAAACCCUAUAAUUUUGUAUGUCU